UCUUAAUCACAACUCUCAUCUUGUCUCUUUCCAGGAUUUAAGAGCUAUAGCCAUGGCUGUUGCAGAAAACUUGUUUAUUUUGUGUUUUUUGAUCAUUAUUUCCUGCGUAAAUAUUCCUCUUGCCGAGGCAAAAAUCCGGAGAUACAAAUGGGAGGUGAAGUAUGAGUACAAGUCUCCAGAUUGCGUCAAGAAAUUGGUGAUCACUAUUAAUGGAAGAACUCCAGGGCCAACCAUAGUGGCUGAGCAGAAUGACACCAUCAUUGUUGAGCUGAAGAACAGAUUGUUAACCGAGAAUGUUGCCAUCCAUUGGCAUGGAAUUCGACAGAUUGGAACUCCUUGGUUUGAUGGCACAGAAGGAGUCACUCAAUGUCCAAUUCUUCCGGGAGAGACAUUCACUUAUGAAUUUGUUGUUGACAGGCCUGGAACAUAUUUGUACCAUGCUCAUUACGGGAUGCAAAGAGAAGCUGGUCUAUAUGGAUCCAUUCGUGUAGCCCCAGAAAAACCUGAACCAUUUUCCUAUGACUACGAUCGAAGCAUCAUCCUGAACGACUGGUACCAUAAAAGCACUCAUGAACAAGCCACUGGCUUAUCCUCCAUUCCAUUCCAAUGGGUUGAAGAGCCUCAGUCUCUUCUGAUACAAGGGAAAGGAAAGUUUAACUGCUCUCAAUUGACUGCGCCAAGCUUAAACGUCUCCAGUUUUUGUGAUGUAUCAAAUCCUGAAUGUUCUCCUUAUGUAUUGACAGUAGUCCCUGGAAAAACAUUCCGGCUAAGGAUAUCCAGCUUGACUGCUCUAUCUGCCCUCAGUUUCCAAAUAGAGGGUCACAAUAUGACUGUUGUGGAAGCAGAUGGACACUAUGUAGAGCCAUUUGUGGUACAAAACCUAUUCAUAUACUCAGGAGAAACAUAUUCAGUCCUGAUAAAAUCUGACCAAGACCCUUCAAGAAAUUACUGGGCCACAACCAAUGUAGUCAAUCGACCUCCCAAAACUCCUGUAGGCUUAGCCAUUCUGAAUUACUAUCCAAACAACCCCAAAAGACUCCCUCCAACGGCUCCCCCACCAGGCCCCUACUGGGACGACGUUCAGCCCCGGGUGAACCAAAGCCUAGCCAUCAAAGCUCAUCAGAACUUCACCACUCCACCUCCCCCAAUCUCAGACAGGCUCAUUCUAUUUCUCAACACUCAAAAUCUCGUCAAUGGCUACCGCCGUUGGUCGGUGAAUAAUGUCUCCUUCAACCUCCCCAACAUACCUUAUCUCAUUUCACUAAAGAACGACUUAACUCAGGCGUUUGAUCAAACCCCACCUCCGAACGGAUUCAAUUUAACAAGCUAUGACAUUUACAAUAUUCCUGAGAACAGAAAUGGCACUGCUAGCAGUGCCAUUUACAGGUUGAGUUUCAAUUCAACGGUGGAUAUUGUUCUACAGAAUGCGAAGUAUAAUGAAAAUGGAAGCACCAGUGAGACGCAUCCGUGGCAUUUACAUGGGCAUGAUUUUUGGGUACUGGGUUACGGAGAAGGGAAGUUUGAUAUGUACAAGGAUCCAAGAAAGUACAAUUCGUUGAAUCCAAUCAUGAAGAAUACGGUGCCGGUUCAUCCUUAUGGGUGGACCGCUUUGAGAUUCGAGGCGGAUAAUCCUGGAGCUUGGGCUUUUCAUUGCCAUAUAGAGUCCCAUUUUUAUAUGGGUAUGGGCGUUGUGUUUGCAGAAGGAAUUGAAAGGCUCGGAAAGUUGCCUUCCUCUAUUAUGGGCUGUGUAGAGCACUAA